AAAUAUUGAUUUAUAAUUAAUUCAAGAUUAGAAAAAACAAAUCGUAAUUAUUUAAUGAAUCAAUAUGAAUACAACUCAUUUCUGUUACUGCAUAAACAAGUAGUUUGACCAGAAGGCAAAUACACCAAGUAACUGAGUUUGUGUCGACUGAAGAGGUGAACAGUUCGACAAGUUCGGUUGAAGAAUAUUUUAAUUAUUUCAAAAAUUUUAUCUUAGCAAUUAAUCUCAAACGUUUUGAACUAUUAUCUGACAAAACAAAAACUAAGGCAUUCCUUUCCAUGUUGGUGGACAAACUUUAUUGUACAAAACACGAAAUAUUUGUACAUUUCUGUAACGUAAUGUUUAUAUUACGAGAGUGAACUGUUUUUACGACCUUGAAUUGCUAGAAGAAGUUCGGAGACAAUGCGUCGCCCUAGCGUAAAUUUUGAUGAUGUUCUAGAAGAAUUGGGGGAACUAGGAACCUUUCAAAUCUUCACAUAUAUUCUAAUAUGUCUGCCAGUAUUGUUUGGUGCAUCAAGUAGUUUGAGUUAUGUUUUCACGGCUGGAGUUCCGAAGUAUAGAUGUUUUGUACCACAAUGUGAAGAUCCACAUGAUACAUCAUACAACGUGCCAUGGAUGAAAUGGGCCAUUCCCAACCAAAUUUCUGAAAAUCAGGUUAUUGGAGUGGAGACUGAUUCUUGUUCAAGAUAUGCUGCCAAAAACGAAUCAACUGCAACCAAUAACACUUGUACAGAAAAUGCAUUCACCAAUACAAUUGAAAGAUGUUCGGAGUGGAUUUUUGAUGAGAACGAGAGGACAAUCAUUAACGAAUGGAAUAUCACCUGUUUGGAGAAUCAGUGGAAAAUUUCUCUGGUUGGAUCAUCACAUUUUGCAGGCAUAGUGGUUGGUUCCUUAGUUUUUGGAGUUUUAGCUGAUAGGUUUGGAAGAAAACUGGUAUUCAUCUUCUGUAUAUUCCUCAUGAGUGUAUCUGGUGCACUUCAAGCUUUCUCACCCAAUUAUAUGACUUUUGUUAUCUUCAUGUUCAUCAAUUCUUUAGGAACUGCCGGGGUUUAUCCUUUAGCAUUCGUACUAGGUAAGUAUUCGAAUCUUUGGAAUUGAUAUAUGUGACUUCAU